GAACAAAAAUGGCCAUUCACGACUUUAGCCAAGAGCAGAAAAUUUGCUUCGAGGAUCAGCAUCGUGAGCUGAAACGGCAGGUGCCUCUAGUGGACACCCAGGAGGCAUUAGCCAAGGUCAUUCAGUUUGCCGACGACAAGAAAUUCAGCAAUAUCUACGGCGAUUUCCUCAAUGCUCCUCUCGGGUCCGUCAAGGAGGAAGCCGAGGCCAGGGAAAUGCUGUGCAGCGCCCAUGGGAUCUCCACUACAUCUUAUAGACCAAGGAAGGACUGGGAGUUGGUAAGAGCGGCGCCUUUCAUCGCAUUGCAAGCAGAUUCAUACUGGAAAGAUUUAUUCGACAAGGUAUUACUGCUCGCGUCCAGCCUCCAGGACAGGGAAGACAACUACGCGGAAAGUGGUCGCGCAAGAACAAUGGAUCUGGCAGCAUCCGAACCCACGGGCAAACUGACCGAACUUUUGUCUCAGUACUACGAAUUAUACGAUCAAUCUGAGGCAGAGGUUCAAGCUAGAAGAGUCUGUGGUAAGACUUACCCUUGGAACUAGGUCUUUUACCAAGAGCCUGGCACGCCUGGUCUCUCCACUUUGGGCUCCUAGUCAUUUAUCAACUCCCCUGUGGCUGAUCCUUUGUACA